UCCAGGUUUGGCCUCGUAGUGAGAAUUAAGAAAAUCACAAAGCACAUGUCAGUGAAUCAGCAAUCUCUAGAUGCAGAUAGUACAACAGAUGUGGAAGUCAUUACAGAUACUGAAGAAGAACUUAUUAAAGAAUGUGAAGAAAUGUGGAAAGAAAUGGAAGAAUGUCAGAAUAAAUUAUCGCUUAUUGGAACUGAGACACUCACUGAUUCAAAUGCUCAGCUUUCACUAUUAAUUAUGCAAGUGAAAUGUUUGACUGCCGAACUGUCAGUGCAAAAAGAAACACCUGAAAUAGCUCCCCUAAAUGACGGUGAUCUGGUAACAUUAGGAAAAGAAGAGUUCCAAAAAUUGCAGCAUGAUCUUGAAAUGGUGCUAUCUACUAUUCAGUCAAAGAAUGAAAAGUUAAAGGAAGACUUAAAAAGAGAGCAGCAGUGGUUGGAGGAACAGCAACAGAUAAUGGAAUCUCUUAAUGUACUACACAGUGAAUUGAAAAAUCAGGUUGUGACAUUUUCUGAAUCAAGAAUCUUUACUGAGCUGAAAACUAAAAUGCUUAAUGUAAAAAAAUAUAAGAAGAAACUCUUGAUUACCUUGGGUGAGUUUCUAGAAGACCACUUUCCUUUGCCUGAUGGAAGUGUUAAAAAGAAAAAGAAAAGCAUUCAAGAAUCAACUGCACAGCUGAUAACACUACAUGAAAUAUUACAGACUCUUAUAAAUAGAUUAUUUGAUGUUUUGCAUGAUCCAUAUGUCAAAAUUAGUGAUUCCUUUUGGCCUCCUUAUAUUGAACUGCUGCUGUGUAAUGGAAUUGCCUUGAGACAUCCAGAAGAUCCAACCCAAAUAAGAUUAGAAGCCUUCCUUUAGUAAUAGAAUGGUCUCUUUAACAUAGUAAAGAUUCUUGUCAUUCACUGAUAAUAGAAACACAGGGCAUUCCUAUAAAGAAUAUUAUUUGCAAGUGGAAACACAUAGUCCAUCUUCCUUUUAUCCUUAAAUGAUACAUGCUGCCACCCAUUACUCAUUGUUAAAUGGUCCUUGCUUAGUGCUUUGGCAUUUUAAA